GCACGCAGUGACGUCACACAGAGAGUUGUCAGUGCGGAAGGAGGACAGGUCCGGAAUUGUGUGUCACAACAACAGCGUCCACUUCGUGUGUUCAGGACAUGGAGGCGGUACCGAGGAUGCCGAUGAUCUGGUUAGAGCUAAAAGAAGCUGGAGACUUUCACUUCACCUCCGGAGUUGUCCAGUACAUUAAGAGGAAUUAUGGUGAAAACCCUGAAAACUACAGUGAAGCUCUGAGAAAACUGGAUAAGCUUCGCCAGCAUGUAGUAAACAUCCAAAGGGACUUUGAGGGCUGUAACACACUGAGACGAUACUUCGGACAGCUGCACUUCCUGCAGAGUCGUGUUCCAAUGGCUAAGGGACAAGAGGCAGCUGCACCGGUGACCUGGAUUGACAUCUUUUCAGGAAAACAAGUCACUCAUGAAGACAUCAGCUAUGAACAGGCCUGUGUGCUUUAUAACCUUGGUUCUUUACACUCAUGUCUGGGGGCCAUGGAUAACAGAGUUUCGGAAGAAGGGAUGAAGACAUCCUGCACACAUUUCCAGAGCUCUGCUGGGGCAUUCACUUACAUCAGAGAUCAUUACAAUUCUGGAUACAGCUCUGACCUUAGUCACCCAGCACUGUCCAUCAACAUCAGUCUAAUGCUGGGUCAGGCUCAGGAGUGCCUCCUAGAGAAAACACUUCUGGACAACAGGAAGAGUUUACUGAUUGCCCGUAUUUGUGCCCAGGUGUGUGACUACUACAGAGAGUGUACACGAGUGCUGGAGACGUCAGACUGUGUGUCAGGAAAGAAGGAGUGGAGGAAAUUACUGUGGAUGAAAAUCAGCUACUUCAGUGCAGUUACACACUUACACAUGGGCAAGCACUCAGAGGAGCUACAACAGCACGGUGAAGCUGUUGCUUACUUCCAAAAUGCACUAGGCAAACUCAACGAAGCUAUUAAACUCAGCAAGGGUCAGCCUGAGUCCAUACAGGAAGCACUGAAGUUCACCAUGGACGUCAUUGGUGGAAAAUUUAACUCUGCUAAGAAGGACAACGAUUUUAUCUACCAUGAAUCAGUUCCUAGUCUGGACUCGCUGGCUGCAGUGAAAGGAUCUUCUCUGGUAAAGCCGAUCCCUGUCUCCCCGACUGACCCCAGCACCACUGGUCCUGACCUCUUCUCCAACCUGGUUCCUCUCGCAGCUCACGUGGCUUCGUCAGUCUACAGUGAAGAGAAGGCCAAACUGCUCCGUGAAGUAAUGGCAAAGAUUGAUGAGAAGAACCAGAGUUUAGGGAGUUUUAUGGACUCUUUGAACUGCGAUUCAGUGGAUUUGGACAUGUUCAGCUCUGUGCCUUCUGUAUUACUGGAGAAAUGUGCAGCACUCAGUGUUCAACCAGAUGCAGUAAAGAGAUUAGUGCAGGCCAUGCAGGCUUUGUCUGGCGUUUACACUGAUGUGGGCUCUUAUCUGGAGGAAGUGUGUAAUGCACUGGAGAAGGAUGAAGUAGGAGAGAAGGCCGUGCUGAAUGUGGUUGGGCAGAAAGAAUUGCCUCCCAGGCCUGCUGAACUAACAGAACUCCAACAGGAGUUCAGGAAAUAUGAGGCAGCCCAUCAAGUAGCCAGCCAAAGCAAUACUGAGCUCCACAAAGCCAUGAACCUGCACAUCCCAAACCUGCGUCUGCUUCAGGGACCACUGGAUGAGCUGAGGAACAGCCUGCCUCAGCCUCAGCUGACUCAAGAUGACUUAUCAUCCUGGCAGACAAUGAAAAGGAUUUGUGGUAAAGUCGAUGAGAUGCGUAAGCAGAGGAUCUCGUUUGAGAAGGAGUUUCGUGACCUCAUUCAGAAAGAUGACAUUACCACUACUCUGGUGACCACUGAACGUUCUGAGAUAAAGGCCUUGAUUGAAAAGCAGCUUCAUAAAUAUGACCAGUUGAAGGGAUACAUUGAUCAGAACCUUGCAGCUCAGGAUAACAUUAUUAAAGCUUUGACCGAGGUUAAUGUGCAGUGUGCCACCAUUCGAAAGACCCUCAGUGUCACACAAGAACAAUGGAACAGCUUUGUACAGUCUGUGGUGGCUUCAUAUGAAGCUUAUGAGGACCUGUUGAAAAAGGCUGAGGAAGGUACAAGUUUUUAUCAGGACCUAGAAAAAAAGACAUCUAGCCUUUUAGACAAAGUUAAGACCAUCUCCAUGAGCAGAGAAGAAGAGAGAUGUACCUUGAUGAAAAGAGAAGUAGCAAAAGUGCCUCCUCCUAGACCUACUGCUCAAAAGCCAGCGCUUGGCAAUAAAAUCAUUCCUCAGUCUAGCACCUCCAGCAUGGAGGCUUCUGUUUCUUCACAGGAUGUACCCCAGAAACUGCACAGCCUACCCCCAGAUGCAGCCUUAGCUAGAGGUCCACCACUCCCUAACAUUGGUCCCUGUGGACCAACCCCUCUCACUUGGCCACCAGGGGCAAUCAGACCUCCAUUUCCAACCCAAGGAAUGCCACAGAUAAUACCUACUAAUCAAUCCCCUUAUGGUCAAGUUUCUGGAGUCCCAAAUCAGGUGGCACCUAUACAGCAUCCUUCAGGUUUUGCUGUACCUCAACAAUUUCAGCCUGGUCCACUCAGUGGCACCACACCAAAUGUGUCCCAAAUGCAUCACCAGGGCUUUAUGGCAGCACCCUGGCAUAAAUCACCAAGUGUAUCCUUUCCUAUUGUUUCUGCAAAUUAUACUUCACCCCCUGAGAUGGGACAAUCUGCUGCAAGACCAGGUCUACCUGGAAAUGCUCUCAUGUGUGGUGGACAACAAGGUCAACACAUGCACACUGCCAUGCCUCAGUCCUCUUCUACUCAACAAACGAUUCCAGGAACACAGUACCAAGUUUUCCCCCCACAACCUGGACAUGGCAUAAUCUCUCAGGCAAAUAGGGUUGCCUUUUUUGGGCAAAGCCAGCCGUUCCCCCAUUCUGGACAAUUCCAGCCUCCAAUGCCACCCCAGAGCCAGACUCAGCCAAUCCCAACUACUGCAUACUGGCCUACUUUUCAGCCAGGCCUUCUAUCAGUAGCUGGGGAAGCUAAGGUACAACCAUUCCCUCCUGGUCCUGUAAACCAUUUUCACCCAGGACAAUCUACACAGAACCAGCCCCAAGUUCAUAUGGGCCAUGUUCUUCCCUCCAUUCCAUCUUCUCCACCUCAAGAAAUGCCUGGAACCCUCCAGAAUGCUAACAGACAAACAUCUUUAUUUCAAAAUACCACUCCGGUACCCUUCAGCCAAAAUCAGCCCAUGCCUUUCGCUUACCACUCCUCUGAUAACUCUCAUAUUCCUCAGAGAACGGCACCUCUAGAAAGUAACAUGUAUUUUCAGGGUGGAACUCCUCAAAUCCAAGCACAGCCCCUUCCAGCCCUAAACACAUGUCAGCAGCCCACUGCUCAGUUCAGUAACAUGUUUCAGACAGGGCAUCCUCUUCAAACCCAACAUAUUCCACCACCUCCGAUUAACUUGUCUUCUGGACCAAGUACUGUCCCAGUGAUGGAUAACCCAAAUCCCCCUGCACUUACUGGUAUACUUACACCUUCCCCAGCUCAACCUAUACUUUAUAAUCAGACUGGGUCUCUUCUGAAGCCUUCGUCCUCUGAGAAUUCCUUCAGUGCAAUUGAAGACAAGGUGAACCAGCUCAGCAUUGCUUCACAGGGAGCAGCUCUAGAUGGAUGAGAAGAUAAAAUCCAAGCUGUUGUAAUGUCUUCAAAUAACAAUCAAGUUCAUUACCAGUCUCAGCUAAUCUUAACCAACCUAAUUAUAAUGUGAAACUGGAAUGUGUGUAUAACACAGCACAUGGCGUGUACCUCCACCCCCAGGUACCUCCACCCCCAGGUACCUCCACCCCCAGGUACACUGUGAAUAUAGCUGAUGGAACCUGAGACCCCAAGUGUGUGGAGUCAUCAAAUCAAAAUACUGAUGACCCACAGGAGGUAUCUUAAAAUGUUAAUACUCAUCGUUGAUCCGUAAGCAAAGCUCUAAGUAAAAAAUUAGCAUUAAAUGUUCUGACACUGUACUAUAGCUAACUUUCUGACAGACAGAUGUUGUACCUAAUGAAACACCCAAAGGAAAAUGCAUGUAGUCUCUAAUUUCUGGGUUUUUUCUUGAUAGUCUUUUUAAGGGCAUUAAUAAUAAAGAUGGUGCGUGUAGAUAAUGGAUUCAUUCAGCAUCAGCAUAAAUAAAGAUGUGACCAAUGACAGGUUUAUCCUUCUGAACUAUGAUGAUCUGUGUAUAUCUGUUUCCCUAAACUUUGUAUGUACAAGAAGUGCUUUUGGAAUAAAGUUUAUAAUGUUUAUCAAGUU